UUUUGUUUCCUGAGGCAGGAUGACAGCUGAACUGGUGGUGAAGGUAGAGCAGUGCAGUCUAUAACAUUAACAGCCAUCAUAAACCCCCGUUUUAUUAAAACGAAGGACCGACAGAUUUCGCCGUGUGACUCCUGUUUGUACCAACCCGCGGGAGUGUUUGAGUUUACCAGAGGACGGUAACCGUUAACCUUGCGGAUAUUGUUUGUUCCUAUUCACCAAGAGAGAAAAAGAUCCGUGUCCGGAUGUGCCAGCAGUAUUUGGUUCUUUGCAUGGCGUAGGCACCUUUUCUAAAGCAGGAUAUUCUUGAUGUUUGGAGGGUCGGAGGAGGCCCUCGGGUCGACAGCUUGUCCCGUUAACAUUAACUAUAACGUUACUUCCAAAUAGACCGAUUUGUGUGGGAAAAGAUCAACGACAUGGUUGUGCAAUAGAGAGGAAGAAGCGUUGUAACACGUCUUGACUAACCUCGGUGUUGUGGAGAGAGCAAGUCACCAGGAAUCCAGUGUGUUUCCUGCUCUAAACCCAACAACAAGCUUGUGAGAGCUAUUUACAAGGGACACAAAAAGAGGAAAUAUUUGUGUCCUUGCCUCUUGUGUGUGUGUGUGAACCCCUCCGCGGACCGGGAAAACCUUCACGAUGACGGGCAGCACCCCAGCGGACAUGAUAAACCUGCGGCUUAUUUUAGUCAGCGGGAAGACGAAAGAAUUCCUCUUCUCUCCCAACGACUCGGCAGCAGACAUUGCCAAACACGUCUAUGACAACUGGCCGAUGGACUGGGAAGAAGAGCAGGUCAGCAGUCCUAACAUCCUGAGGCUGAUCUACCAGGGCCGCUUUCUACACGGCAACGUAACACUAGGAGCUCUCAAACUGCCCUUGGGGAAGACCACAGUGAUGCAUUUAGUUGCCAGAGAGACUUUGCCUGAGCCAAAUUCCCAAGGUCAGAGGAACAGAGAGAAGACCGGGGAGAGUAACUGCUGUGUCAUUCUGUAAAUACAUGCCUCCACCACCGGCCCUCCAUCCUUCUCAUCCGUUCUCGUCCUCAACAAUCCUGGACCUAACAAGCUUGUCCCCUGUCCUGGAGCCUGUCCACUAUGCGGAUAUGCUUUCAGACAAACACACACACACACACACACACACACACACACACACACACACUUCUCUUUUUUCCCCCUCUCUCACACACUCACACAGACAUAGAAAGUAGACAGCAGGCUCAGGCUGAUCCAGGACGCAGAGUUGAGGAGCAGGAAAUUGAUUAAUGAUAGAGCUGAUUCCUUUGUUGUACUUGAUUUGUUAUCAUAACUGAGAAUCAGAGGAAGGAACUGGAAUUGCAUGUGUAUAUUUUUCUUUUUUUCUUAAUGCACACCUUUUUAAGCCUUCUGCCAUAACACACACACACACACACACACACACACACACACACACACACACACACACACACACACACACACACACACACACACACACACACACACACACACACACACACACACACACACACACACACUAAACAUACACAUCUUGGCUAGCCACCCUCAGCCAGGCUGUUAAAAAGUGUUCUAACUGGCUCCUCAUUCUUGCUGGUUGUCACAGUAAUUAAUGCAGUGCCCAAGUUUGUGUGUGUGGCCUUGUUUUCUCAUACACACCACUGACAUUUUUAACCACUAACAACAUACCAACACACACAUAUACACACACAUACCCUGUCUACACAUCCAACCAUAUGUGCUUGUGUGAUCUCCCUUGGUGCAGCAGACGAAGCUUAGACGUGCCUGAUCAGAGAACUCAAACUAGGACACAUAUACACACAAGAUAAGAAAACCUUUAUUUGUCCCACAGUGGGGAAAUUGCGGAAACAUAUAUAUAUAUAUAUAUAUACACACACACACACAGACAUAUACACACACCUGUGUCCUUUUUACUGCCCUCCUCUGCAUGUGCCCUUAAAGGUCACAGCAGAGAAAUUAUUCUUUUAGUCUGCAGAGCGCUGUACAGACCGAACACAUCCUACUCUUUCAGUCAUCAUAUUUUAGCCAAACAAACAGACAAAUAACCAGUGGCGGUUGUAUUUUGGUUAUUUGUUUGUCCAUGACAUUUGUGGCUGUGUUUUUACAGUCCAUGCAUUUUACUGACCGACCAGUGUUGUGAUUAAUAAAACGUCAUGUCAGUCCCCACCCUCCCCGAUGUACCAUCCCUCUCCUUGCGAGGAAAGGCUCAUUGUGCUCUUUUUUAAAAACAGUGUUGUGAAGGGUCUGUCUCUUGAGAAUUGCUGUUUAAGCAGGGAAAUGAACACGGAAUGAAAAUGUUCCCUAUUUGUCUUAAUUCGCUUCCUACUCUCCUUAAUUCCCUCUCCGCAUUAAUAAAUCCAUUUUGCACAACUGAAGCAUGUGCUCCUUCAUCAGAUUAAUAAAAAUGUAUAAAACGUUUUUUGUUUUAUUUUAUAUUUUUCCAAUGGAAGUAAUGUUCCAAACGAAGGUAAUAUGUAGAAGAUAUUUAAUAUGAAUCUUAUAUAGAACAUGAUGACUCUAGAUCUUGUUGAUAUACAGUAUAUUGGUGUUUAGUCUAUGAUUGUGUAUAUGGUUAGCUUCUAGCCAGUUCACAGUCACUCGCUGACAAUGUCUUGUGCUUAACAGCAGCAAAACCUCCCUAAUCAUCCAUUGACUGUAAUUUUAUUUUGUUUGUUUUGGUGUUCUUUUUUUUUUUUUUGUUUAUAAUUUAAUGUAAUCCUUUUUCUUUGUGGUUUUUUGCUUUAAAGAUUUGCUUUGUAACAGCACUAGGUCUUAAAAAAAUAUUGUUUAUAUUGAUCAGGGUUCAAAUCUGUACAGAGAUAAAUGUUUUCAAAAAAUUGUAAAUAGCACUAAUGCUCCCUCCCUCCCCCCUCCAAACUUCAAAAUGGAAUACAUCUGUAAUCUAAAUAAAGGUUAUUGAAGUGCA